AUGACACUGGGCGCCUCAUCCGGGUACCUUCCUCUUGUGACUCUCAGCGGACGAGUUGGAUCAGACACGCCAAUUAUCGGCGAGCAGAGUGGCCUGGAAGCCGUAUCACAGAUCUUCUUGAAGAAGCAGAAGGAUGCCAAGGAAUACGUGGUAGUAAGAGGACGGAGGAUGAAGAUGGAUGAUGGUACUGGGCGUUUCGAGGUUGUUAGGGCUCAUAAUGCAGAUGGCUCUGUUUUACGCCUAGCAAGUGACGACUUUGAGACGCAACCUCGAACAUGUGGAUGUGAAUGCUCAAUCAGGAUACUUGGACUGAGGAGAACUGAAUGGACUCUUCCGACAGGCACUAACUUAACUGUUGUUGGUGAGGCUGUUAAAGGUGAUUCUGGGAAUUGCACUCCAAAGUUGACGCUACAGGUUAGAAAACCUCAGCAGGUUGACUGA